CCCCUUGUCUCACUUUUGCAUUUACAUCAAUUCACCCAUCUACCACCAUUUAAGGUUGUUUACCAUCACAAUGCAUUCCAGUAAUAUGAUCACUUCCCAAAUCACAUCCUCUAAACGCCGUCGUUUCAUAACUUUCCUCAUCCCUUUCACAACUCUGUUGCUACUCACACUCUCCAUUUCUUCAUACUUCACAUUUACAAAACACCGCCCUUCACUUUCACUAUUCACAAAACCAACCCUUCAUCAUUUACACAUCUACAAAAACCUCCAAACUGAAACCGCCCAAAUACAAUGCGCGGGUGCACUGUACCACGAAUUAUGCGUAGCCACACUGACUCGCAUUGUACCGAAUCUCGCUUCAAAAACAUUACCGGAUAUCAUAUCUGCUACUAUUAAUGAAACGAUAUCCGACGUUAGAGCGACUGACUUUAAUGUCACAAACAUUCGUAGAAAAUUACCACAUCUCACCAUCCUAGAAGUCCGUGCCUUAGAAGAUUGUCACACGUUGUUUUUAGAGACAGUUUCGCAACUUAAAUCCGUAGUAACAGAUUUAUCAAAAUCGCCUAGCGAAAAAUACAAUGAUCUAAGAACAAUGUUAAGUGCAGCCAUGACAAAUCAAGCCACGUGUCUAGAAGGAUUUGAAGGUAGCAAAUCACAAGUUAAAAUAAGUCGUCAUUUCCGAAAAGCGUUGAAAGGAAUUACACGUCAAGUUAGUAAUUCACUUGCAUUGUUAAAAAAAAUCAAUGGCACAAGUAAUGACAAUAAUAAUUUCGAUGAUAUGUCUAGUGGUGGAAAUGGUUUUCCAAAGUGGUUGAGAAAGAAGGAUAGGAAGUUGUUACAAAUAAUGUCGAACGAGACGAGUAAGUUUGAUUUGGUGGUUGCGAAAGAUGGAAGUGGGAAUUAUACGACGAUUGGGGAAGCUUUAAAUGCGGCACCGAAUGCUAGUGCGACAAGGUUUGUUAUAUAUAUCAAAGCAGGGGCGUAUUAUGAGUAUUUGGAGGUGAUUAAUAAGAAGAAGAAUUUGAUGUUUGUUGGUGAUGGCAUCGGGAAAACCUUGAUUAAGGGGAAUCGAAGCGUUGUGGAUGGGUGGACUACUUUCAGAUCCGCCACCGUCAUUGUCGCGGGUGCAAACUUCAUGGCAAAAGGUAUCACCUUCGAAAACUAUGCGGGACCAAGCAAGCAUCAAGCAGUUGCAUUACGUAGCGGGUCUGAUUUCUCAGUAUUCUACCAAUGUAGCUUCGUAGCCUACCAAGACACCCUCUACGUUCACACUCUUAGACAAUUCUACCGUGAAUGCGACGUUUAUGGCACUGUAGAUUUUAUUUUUGGCAACGCGGCCGUUGUGUUCCAAAAAUCAAAUUUCUAUGCCAGACAACCUGACCCGAACCAAAAGAACAUUUUCACAGCUCAAGGUAGAGACGACCCAAAUCAAAACACAGGUAUUUCAAUACUAGAAUGCAAAAUAGCUGCUGGAUCAGAACUUAUACCUAACCAAACCAUGUUUAAAUCGUACCUUGGACGACCAUGGAAAACGUAUUCAAGAACAGUUAUUAUGAGAUCAUAUAUAGGAGACUUGAUUGACCCGGCCGGUUAUUUGGAAUGGGAUGGGGAUUUUGCAUUAAGUACGUUAUACUAUGGUGAGUAUAAGAAUAGAGGACCCGGUUCAAAUACGAGUGCUAGGGUCACAUGGCCUGGAUACAAGCCGGUUUUGAAUGAUACAGAGGCGAGUCAGUUUACUGUCGCGAAUUUCAUUCAAGGCAUCGAAUGGUUGAACAGUACUAAUGUUCCUUAUUAUCUCGAUCUUCAACAGAACUUAACGGUUUUGAAGUGAUGAUUUGUUAAUUGGUGGUUGUUUGAAAAUUAUGGGAAUAUUGUUUAAUUAGGCUAAAAGUUUUUCGUUGUUGUGUUGACUUUCAAUAGUAUACUGGAUAGGUGAAAACAUUUGUAUUCGCUUUGUAUCGUGGUAAUAAUUUAUUGUUGUAGAAUUGCUAAAA